AUGGAAAGUGCGGUACACGCAGCGGUGCCCCUUAGGGUAGGGAAGAAGAUGAGAAAACGGCGGGAACUUGACGCCUUAGUUGGAGGAGGUGGAUCACGAGGUGGUCGGCUACUAUCUGCCUCUAGUGACGAGGGUGAACCCUGGGGCCGGAGAACUUCCCGCCGUAGGCGCUCACGACCGUUCAUGCGGUUAGCUGCAGGCCUUGCUUUCUGUGUGUGUGUAGUGUCAGCUGCUAUUGUACUUUGGCUCUUCGUUGAUGUCCGGAGGCAGAUCUCUUCUCUUCGCCUUGAAAUGGAUGGAGUAUCAAGAUCCAAUGUCAUCCUCAACGAUGCUCUACAAAUGUGCCACGCAACGGCAAAGGAAUUUACAGCCAACGCCAGCGACCUGAGCUAUCGGCUAGAGGAACUGAAAAAAAUGCAUUUAGAACUAGAAAACCGCGUAAACCAGACAAUAAAAAACCUUACGGUGGUAUCCGGCCAGCUAUCAGCCGCACCGAAGCUCGCGGAUGCUCCAAGGACAAUAUCAGAUCUAAAGAGACUGGUCGCCCAAUUUGGAUCUCAGAUAAGCGGCUUUGAUAGUACAGUACAAUCAAAUACAAAGCAAGCGCACUUAGCAGUGGCUGGCGUCGAGGAGGUCCGCACGUUGCUGAAUCAACUCGACGCCAAGACCAACGACACGAUAGCCAACGUCACGGCCAACUUCAAGAGGAAUGACGACAUCAGAUCAGAAUUUGCUGGUUUGAACAACACGCUCACGUCAAAACUUGUCGCAUUAGAGGAGAGAAUACAGGAAAUCAGCAAGCCCGUGAGCACAGCGGCGCCCGCAGCACCACCAGUGGCAGCGGGUGCUGCCCCCAGCGCGCCGCCACCAGCCAACUCCACCACCACUGUCACCGCGUCACCGCCAGGGAAACCCUCCGUAUUACAAUGA